AUGGAGCAGAUGGAAUCGUAUGCGUGGAACUGUCCCUGCGGACGGCUUUGUGGCAAACGCCAUAUGCAUUGUCCGGACUGCCAAAGACACUGGGAACAAGGAACGCCGCAUUCCAAUCAGCCAAAGAGCCCGAGAGCCUAUGCCAAUCAGCAACGAGGCAAUUGGUCAUGGGAAUGGACGGAGGAUCAGCCAAGACGUGGACGGGGCGCGAAGAAAGCCUCCGGUACACCAACUUGGACAAGGAGCGCAAGUGCCAGGGCAAGAGCCGGCAAAGGAUCGAAGAAAGGCAAAGGUCGAGGUCCCCAAUUAGACCAACCAUCACCUUUUGCCCAAACUUCGACACCAUGGCCGCCGAGCGAGACCAGUUACAACUUUCCUGCUCCUCUGGCACAGCAACCUCCUAUCACUCCGACUUUAGGGCAGCAAUCUUCGGAUGUCAACGAUGCGGAGCUGAUCCUUGCAGUGAAGGAGCAGUACCCCGACAUAUCCAAGGCGCCCUUGCGCAUUCAGAACGCAGUUGCCAAGGCCGAGCGCACGACUCCGAAACAGCUCCAGUCCGGGCUGCACAAGACUUCCCAUGCUGUUGGGGGAGCGGCGAAAGAGCUCAAGAGCCUGAAAGAUGCCAAGAUCAAGCACAGAGAGCGAUGGCUGAAGCAUCUGCACGACUCAGUACAGAGCUGGGAAAGUCAGCUCAAACUGUAUGCCGAGCAGCAGAGCAAUUACAAUAUGCUGAUCAAGAAGGCCAAACAGGAGCUCAACACUGCACGACAGACAUUGGAAGACCUGAACAAGAAGGCAGCCGGGCACGAGGAUGCGGACCAGGACACAGCAGACCUGGAGGAGCAAAACCAAGUCGACGCAGAGGCCACGACUAUGGUUCAGCAAGUUCAACAGCUUCUUCAGGCCUGUGCCAAAAUUGCAACCAAGGAAGAGGUCAUGGAGGUAUCAGAUGCAGAGGAGACCACAGCGGCACCGGCACCAAAGCGACAGCGAUCCUUGGAGCCCUUUGGUGGUACUCCGGCCUACUUUGUGGAACCUUUUUCACUUGGUGCAGCAGGAUCUGUUGGAGUGCACUCAUCCUUCUUUACUUUACUCACUGCAUGUCAUAGUGCGAUUUGGGACCCAAGUAUCUAUUUUGUCGAUACCUUUGCGGCAUUGGGCUCUGCAUCGGAUCUACAUGGAGAACUUGUGCUCUCGAUCGACCCACCAUCUCAGUUGAGAACAUCUUCGUGGAACAAUUCGAACCUCAAAACUGUUCUUUCUACAGGAAGAAAAGGAAUCACUCCCAAGUCGGUCAGUUUCUCGCACCUCAUUGGGUACGUUGAUCGUAGUGGUGGACUGGAGAUUUGGUCGGAUGAGGGAGCACCGAUUGCGGUGAACUUGAUGGCGAGGGCAGCCACUGCUCGAGCCUCACCUAGUUCAUCCGAAGUUGACUCAGAUUUUGAAGUACAUCCUCCGUCAUCACCUGCCUCUUUUGACGGUGAACGUCUCUGGAGAUCAAUUCAGGUUUUUGACAUGCAUCGGAAUCAGGCCAGAGGGAGGGUGUUGGUCCAUCCGCCAGAGGCGACAUUCGCAGAGACGCGACGCCUACUCGGCUACUCACACCAUGAAGUGGCCGAUGUUUUUCCCAUUACACCUUCUCCCUCCGACCUCAGUCAUGCGCACAUUGACCCGAUGUUGAUUCUUUGCCAAGAUGAUCUGCAUUAUGGAGAUGUUAGAAGAGCCGUUCUGAUUGAUCUUGAACUCCAUGGGGAGACUAGCGAGGCGAUUAUUGAAACUGAUCGCUACACCACUUUUCUUCCAGAGUAUGUUCAUCGAGAUCUACUCCUUCGUAUUGCAGGAGUUGCGGCUUUCUGCGCCUUGCAAGAGAGCCGUUGCCUUGUUUGGCACAGAGGAGAUCUAGUGCCACUCCAGAGCAGAGCUCUUCGUCACAUCCAGCACGGUGAUUACAUCAGAAUUGCUGCACCGCCUUUUGAGCACCCGUCAAUUCCUUCGCAUUUUGCAGUGAGAGCUUGCCAAGCUGGACUUAGCCGAGAGCAGCUUUUUCAGCAUUUUCGCGUACAUGGACCUGACGAAGGCAGCUUUCAUACUGAGGUCACUGAUGAACAAGAUAUGUUGGAGGAAGUCCUUGACCAAGUCGAAGCCAACACUUCAAUCAACAAUCUUGUGACCCUGCUUGAUGAGGAGAUGAGUACACUGCAGACUUCGUUUUGCCGCAUCCCUACUUUCCUUGACCACCCGAUUGGAGAUAAGGGUCCUGAUCUUGCUAGAUGUAGCUUCACAGAAGAAUUUCUACAAGCAGUCAGGGUGCAAGCCCAAGCUCAAGAAGCUGGCCAAGUAUUACCACCUGAUCUGCCUGAAAUCCAAACGCAACCGCUCUUUCUGCAACAAUUACAUGAAGCUGCGCUUGCGAGGGUGAAUCCACCCCAACCUGGAGAAGCGUUUGGCAGGAUCGAAAGCUGGUACACCAAUCAUCUGCGACACCGACGCUGUUACCAUACCAGGAUCAUUGAACUUGGGCCUGACUUUCGCACCUGGGAGCAGCAACUACGGCUGGAAUGGAUUGAUCAUAUUGACACUUCUGUUGAGGUCGAGUUUCAUAUAGUUCAUCCACUUCCAGAAGACACAGACCAAAGUGCUUUCGCGCAGAUAGUCCUGGUACAGCAAGCCGAUGAGCAACAACGCUCUAUCGUUCUGUCCAUUUACGAUGCAGCAUACGACAAUGGGCAGCCACACUCCCACGCUGUGGUUAUCCCACAUCGAGCCAAUCUUCGACUCAUUACUGAAGUAGCCGACUUUGUAGAACAUUGUCCUCCUGGUGCUCCAGACAAUGACUGCCAGCUGUGGUUCGGCACACUUGAGAUACCUGCCCAUCAGCAAAUUAUUGUGAGGCAUGGCUAUGCUCUUAGGUUGACUGUGCGCCGACCGUUGGAAUUUGACCUGCGCUCACUGCAAACCUCAAGUGUUGAAGAACAACGAAGACAGCUUACACUCGCUCUUCAAGAUGCGGCCCGAUUUGGACAAACGAUCACACCAGUCAAUGACAGCUGGCAACCAGAUUGGAUUAACGAGCUUGAGACUGCUUUUCAUCAAGUUGCUCAUACUGAAUCACUGAGUGAAGGACCUGUUGCCUAUGUGAUGUCAUGGCACCUUAAUGGACAUUCUGGCGCUCGCAAUCUUUCACCUAGACGAGCUCGACUGCUUGCACCAGUUAGCUCAUGGGAACAGGCCAUCCUGAGCCAAUGGAGAGAUCUCCAUGAUCCUCGACAGCCAACUUUUUUCUACUAUGUUGAUCCCAUGCCACCAGGGCAAGGAACUGGAGAUGCCGGACACGUGCUCUUUGUGCAGCAGCCCAUUGUGAGCUAUGCUGCGAUCUUGCUCUCUACGCUUUUUCCUGGAGAUGUGAGAGCCGAUUCACAACAUGUUGCCGUCUACAUCGCCAACCGACUCUCUGCAGAUUCCGCCAUCGCGCUCUCUUUGCUCCCUUCUGGGCUACAAGAUCGACAGGUAGUGGUACGACGUGGUCGGCAGAUCUUCCCUCUUGAAGGAGCGCCUCGAGUUGGAGAUGGGGACAACAUUAUUGUUGAGGUCCUUCCACAGUCUGAGCACGACCCCUCGUUAGAUGGCAGCUCUUUGCUUCAAAUUGAGUCUGGCUGGAAGCAUUUUCAACUUGUGCCGGACUUCCUUCAACAUGCGCUGAUUGCAGCACCUGGUGUAACCCAGCACAAGCUUGAUGGUGUUGCGGAACCACCCUGUUUCCCCACCAUCCACAGAGAUGGGGCAGCCACUGUUGAUCGGACCUUUGUCGAUCUGCCCGCUGGACUUCGAGAGAUGCGUGAGGCCUUCUCCUUGAAUGCGGCGGUUGCCAAUGAAGAGCAGGGCCCAACUGGCUUCGUUGAUGCAUGGUAUCUUGGUGGAAAUCGACCCAUAGUCACGGAGCACUCCCGGGUCCUUGAACUCGAUCUCGACCUUGGCGACUGGGAACCACGAAUCAGAGAGCUUUGGCGCGACACUAUUGACUGGACGCAGCCUCUUUGGUUUCUAUGGGUGCAUCCGGUACCCAUUGCGUUGAUUACACGCCAUCGAAUUGGACACCUUUUGAUUGUGCAGUCCAUUGAGCCACCCUUGGUACCAGUUCAUCUUACUCUCCUUUUUGCGGGUAGGGGAAGAGAGAGGAUUGGAUUUGCUGCGGCACUGCUUAACAAUCCUGUCUCUGUCGGGCCCACCCGUGAUUUACUCCAGCUGGCACGAGUUUGCCUUGCACGACACUGCACUCUCCGAUUUCAGCACCGCACAUGGAAUCCCCAAGACAGCAUUGAAGUGCAGCCGGGUGCUGGAUUGGAAUUCCUUGUGAUGAGCAUAUUAUUGAGGAUGCUGGCAUUGAAGUUGUCACCGAGCAUGUUGAACCUUUAA